CUUCAAGGCUGUCGUUUCAGAAUGCUGGCGUCUUUGAGGAGCCAUCUGGGACUUAAAGAGCCUUGAACUCCUCGAAGUCGCAGCACUGCGAAAUACCAUGCACCUGUCGUUCUCUUCAUGAGGAUUGCGACCCUGAAACAUGCCCUCAAAGGCAACACUCGGGCCAUCCAGGCAACAAUUUCAAGCUGUCCGAGUUUCUCAAGAAUGCUGAACGUGGAUGCAACACAUGCUCGGCGAUCGUGAACGCGCUCUCCAUUGACCCAGUGAAGAAGGUUUGGAGGGACACCAUAAAGGCGGGCAAUAAUGCGUCGACAGCAGAGCAGAGCAUUCCCAUCGAGUUGAUGCGCACGGGAGAAAGACCUGGCCGAGUGGUCAUCAGAACCGGCAACGUCUACGGCUCCAGCUCUCAGUUUUGGAGACAUUUCAACCUGUUCGUCCACCCAGAACAACCUGAGCCGAAGUCAUGCAUGGCCCUGCGGAAGCUGAAAUGCGCACCGAUCGACAAGACGGAUUCUGCUGAGAGCUAUCGAUUUCUGAAUCAGUGGUUGGACGAAUGCAACAGUCGUCAUCAAUGUGCCACGCCUGAGCCCCCUUGCUUGCCCAAACGCGUUCUCAAGCUCCAACGAGACCGAGUUCAUCUGUAUCUGAGCCAAGAGAACGAAAAGGCGCGAUAUGCGACCUUGUCCCACCGCUGGGGAAACUUUGAUGAGAACUUCGUCUUGGAGCUGACCAACCUCGACUCCCUCACCAAGGACAUCGCUUGGUCGCAACUCCCCAAGACUGCCCAGGAUGCCGUAGAAAUCUGUCGCAAACUCGGCAUCGAAUACCUGUGGAUCGACUCUUUGUGCAUCAUUCAACGCUACAAGCCGGAUUGGGACGACCAGUCGGAGAAAAUGUGCACCAUCUAUGGCCAGUCCUAUCUCAACAUUGCGGCAAUGGACUCGAGCGACUCCUGUGGUGGUUGUUUCCGGACGACAGGGUCCGAUAGGCGAUACCCUCCUCACGCCGUGCCAGGGCAUCCGACCCUCCAGGUCCAGCAGCAGCCUCACUUCACUCACCUUGAUUUCGGCGCGAACUACGCCACAUCUCGUGCCUCUCCACCGCUUCUUCGGCGAGGCUGGGUUCUCCAAGAGCGUCUCUUGUCCCCGCGUUGCGUCUACUACGGCAGAGACGAGCUUCUCUGGGAAUGCAAGGCCUGCGCGGACUGCUUCUGCGGCGGAACCAAUGUCAUUGCCCGCUUCAAAGACGUCCACCAUCGCUCGCUGACCGAGAACGGCGACUCUUUGCCCUUUGCCUGGAUGAGGGUCACCGAGCGCUACUCUUGCUUGGACCUGACGCGCGACUCCGACCGGGCAAUCGCACUGUCCGGCAUUGCUCAGGAAGUGGUGGAGUCGGGGCGAGGGGGGAACUACCUCGCUGGGCUAUGGUCAGACAAACUGGCACAUCAGCUUGUCUGGGUGCUGUCCAACACAUUUCGCAGACCCAAAGAGUAUAUUGCGCCCAGCUGGUCAUGGUUAUCAGUGUUCGGCAGGAUCGAGUACGGCCCCAACCGUAUGGAUUAUGGAGCUGCGUGGUCGACCAUCGAUGUCGUGAUCACUGAUGCCGCGGUCUCGGCGUCCAAACCGGACGGCACCGGCAAGAUCAAAUCGGGCUAUCUUCUACUUGACGGCAAGGCUCUCGACAUGGAAGUCGAGGUGAUCGAGGUGCUGAAAGGGGCCCGACCUCAGAUGAAGCUGACUCAUUCCGAACCCUACAUUGAAUAUCCGAGUUUCCUACCUGACUAUACUAUGACCCCAAAGGAAGCUGUGUCGGUCGAGAAGGUGGUUGUGCUCUACUGGGGCAAGGUCGUGUACCAACAGACGUUUAUGAUUCUGCGGGAAGUACCCAACGACGGCGGCGUGGCGUACGAACGUCUCGGACUGCUCGAAGCGGAUGACCACUGGACUCGACAAUUUCAGAGUGCAGCAAAAUCCAGAACGAAGAUACGGAUAGUUUAGACGACUUUUCUACUCGAAAGGACUGGGACAUUACAUUCUUGAAGGAUCUCAACUUCGGGCAAAGACUUUCCCUCUUCCUCGGUCACCCACUCUAGCAUAUUGGAAUGAAAAUCUCGCAGCACCCUGUCGACCUUGACAAUGCACCCAACGGCUUGCACCCUGAUCAGCAACGUUGUGACUAAAAUAAGACCAGUUCCCACUUACCCGAUCACCAGUGCUCUGUUCAUUAAAGACGGAUGUCACUCUUCUCAACCUUGCUCAGACAGGUACAGCCCUUUGAGAUGGACAACGUGCCAUUGUCGGGCCUGUUGAAGAUGGUUGACUGGCUCGCGGGACCUUCCUGCAGGAAUCUGUCCAUGGCUCCCAGCUGACGACAAUGCUGAGGAGGGACAACGAGUCGAAGGAUAGGGUCAUGGUAGGGGCAGGGGCGAGGCGAGUUUGGUGACUUCUUGCUAGGGUCUCGCGACGAUUCAGGGCCGACGUUAUGCUUCUGUCAGAGGGACACUCGUUAGCAGUCUGGUAGAAAAGAGGCCUUGGGGUCAGGGAGACUCUUCCGAAUACCUCGAUUUUGUCUGUCAGCGAGGCUGUCUUGGCCGUUGGAGUGGUCAUAUCGGAACAGGGUCUGUACGACAACUCGAGCGCUGGGGAAGAUGGACGCAGUCAGGAAGCAGAGAAAGCCAAAAGGACCAAGCAGACACAACUACCUCACAGCGACCAAUAUUUGUAUCAAGGUGGGACGAGGAAGACCCAGAUGCCUGGGAUUUGCGAGAAACGCCGGGCCUGUCGACCUUUAUAAUGGCUGUGCCCGCCUUCCGACCAGUACAGCAUUGCUGAGUCGUAUCAGCACGCCGCGACAGCGCCUCUUGCUGCAAGGCAUGCUAUUGAGGAAAUCCAGACUUUGAGGCCUUCAACCCAUGUCUUCUUCAUUGAUCUUGGCACCUACAUGAGUGGGGUGUUGCGGGGCCGGCUCCUGCACCUACCUGGAUGAGAAUCCGGAUUGCUCCCCAGAGCACGGAGUCCAACAGUCUAGCGGCAGGAAAAAAGUAUCUUCUGCUUCACAUUGGGGUCUUGCGUCAAACUAACCAGUAAUCAUUGUCAUCAUCCAACCCAUCCACGGCAGUCAGUUCAUGUAAGGAUUUCGUGGCCGUUGACCGCAAUAUGAGCUGUUGACAUGGACUGCCUCUCCGGAUCGAGUAUCUCUGCAACCCGGUGUCCCAUGCUUCGUAUUCUAAAUUCC